UGUGGACUUUCAAGCUGUCAUUCAAUUCUUUACCUGCCAUAUUUUUUUCCCCUUUUUUUUGGCUCAUCUACUCCAAAUGGAUUAAUGUGACGUUUUCGGUGGGUUUUUCGUUCGUGGAUAUCGCAUUUUACAGGUCUUCCCUAAUCUCCCGCUUUCGCGACUUACCGUGGAACUCUAACCCUAAUCCACUUACUUCCUGGAGGUUUUCAUCUUCGAAAGAACAGUUGCAGUCCACUCACAGGAAUCAGAACAAAUUAUGGGACUUGCUUCUGUUAGUACUGCCGGUGAAGGAGUCCAACUUUGCAUAUUUGACUUGAGAAGAGGACAGCAUGAAGGGCAGGAGCUGGACAAGAUUUUAUUCUUUUAUCCUGCCGAUUUUCCCUUGUCAUCACAGCUUUCCACAAUAGGGAUCAGUGAGGGUCUUAUUACAUUUACAAGAAUUUUUUCUCCAGAGGCUGCUUGUGAGGUAAUAGAAGCAGAAAGGCAUCAACAUGUUUUCCAUGAAGCAGAGUCAGAUAUUUGGAUGGUGAUGGUGGUGGAGAAAAGUCUUGAGGGAGAAGCCAUAUGGAGGAGCGAUGAUCUACGUAAUGUUCUUAAGGAAGUUCACAAGCUCUUUGUGAUGUUUUAUGGUUAUAUCAGAGCUUUACUUGAGAAAGAACCUGGUGGAGGACUGGUUCGAUCGCAUUUGUACCCUUUCAUCAUGGAUUAUCUGAGUGCACUGCAAAAGCAUUCUCCGUUGGAUAAGUGCUGCUGGGAUUUUUUUGUUGGGAAGAAACUCCAGUUGCCCUCAUUCCGUGACUGUUUGAAGGAACGUGGAACUGUACAGAUGCUGACUGUGGGUCGGGAGGCUGCAAUUGAAGUUCAGUCCCUCGUCAGGACACUGGAGUCUUGUGCUGGUAACAUGUCGUGCUACUCGCUCAUUCUAUUUCAGGACCUGCUCGUGUCCACAACUCUCCCUCCAGGUGACACUGUAAGUUUAUUUACAUAUGCCGUUCUUAGAUUGACCCCUCGUGCACAAUCCUCCGGAAAAAGUUAUUGGUCCUAUUUACGAAAAGGGAAUCCUGCAUCUCAUGCAUCUGUCAGGUCUACAAUGAUACAGUCUGGUAGUGUUUCAGACCCACUUUAUGGCUCACGAGAUACCUCCCAUGGUGGAGAUAAUGCUUACAAUGUAACAAGGCCUUUACAGCAUGACAAGUGGUUCAGAGGAAAGGAUGGUUUUCUAGUCACUGAUGUGUGGAGUGUCGAAGUUGGUAGCUUUAUUUCUAUGACCCCGACAGUUUGGCUCCAGCAGACCGAGGAAAGAAUGUAUCUCUGUGUUUAUCAAUACAGAAGCCUUACCAUACUGAUUCUCAUUCCUGUUUCCUCUCUCUUUAAUGGGGAUCAAGGUCUUUCUGUGCUGAAGCAACAAGCUCUUGAAAAUGCAUCAUCCAAGAUGCUGAAAGUUGAAGAAAUCCUUUCAAAAGGGUGGGGUGGCGAGAAUGCUUAUCAUGUCAAGGGGUAUCGUUACCUGUUGGUGAAUGGUGACAGAAAUAUAUCAAGGGCUUCUCCACUGGGGAAGGUUACAACUUUAACGAAGGAAUCUUUGCUUGCCAUGAGUACGCUUAGAGAAAAAGUAGAUCUGGAAAAGGAAAGAAGAGAAACGGAUAAUGCUGGUGGUGAGAAGGAUAUGGAUAUGGAAGUGUGCAUUAGAACUAAAAACAAUGCUUGGGUUAUUGCUCGAAUUACAAGGGGGGAGGAACUCUAUAUGGUUCUAGAAAAAGCAAAUGAGACACUUCUUUAUGCCUCUGAUGCUGUUGAAAAGUUCAGCAACAGGUACUGUGGUGGAGUAUUUUCAUUGGACUAGGUAGAUUUCCGAGGUCUCACAUGUACUUUCUCCCAUAAUAAAUGGGAUUUAUGAAUGCAUAAAACAAGAAAAUGGUCUAUUUGGUUAUAGUUGCUUUCCAGCGGAUAUAAGCGUUCUUUGUAAACUUUUACACUGAUUCAGUUGCAUGUAAAUGCAAGAGUGGUAUGAACCAAAGAGGGCAUGUUUGUAUAGGGAACGCAAUGAACGUGAUCUUUGAUUAUUUAUUUGGUAAACUGUUUCAGUUGCUGCA